AUGGAUGAGCCCGUUGCUGCAAUACUUCCCGAGGGAAGAAUAUCCGACUCCUUUAAUGGGCCAACGCCACUCUUGGAGGAGGAAGCCUUUCUAUCACCCGGCACCUUCGCAAGCGCAGAUGAGUACGCAGCGAAUCCGCGAUUCCGCGAGUUGCAGGAAGAACUCCGCUGCGUGCUUUUCUCCGCGGUGGCCAGCCUUGAACCGAGCACACUUACGUCGCUGCCACCUGCAGAUCCUCCGCUAGAAGGACAUCCUCAGGGAGCAUCAGGGCCGAGUCUAGAUAAUGCCACGGUUUCCAUCCCGAAGAUCCGACUCAUACAAUACCUCAAGAACUGGAUCACCGAGUGCGCGCCGUAUCUCGACAAGUUCGACGAGGCGCGCCAUUUCGGCAUUCACAUACCCAUCCUAGCGCAGCGAUCGCCGGCUCUCUUCUACGCUAUCUUGGCCUUCUCUGCGCGACAGACAGAGCGAAAGGCGUGUCUUGACAAGGCCUAUGACUCGCUGGAGUUAUACCAGGAAUCGAUCCGGCUACUGGCACCUUGUCUCCAGGCCAAAGAUCCCAAUGUCUUGGUGACGGUGUGCAUACUCGCCGUGAUGGAACUGAUGUCUGUCAGCCCGCGCGACUGGCGCCGCCACGUCGAGGGUUGUGCCGCUCUUUUCGAGUCGUUCAACGUCAACGGCAUGUCGGGUGGUCAUCUGCAGGCUGUGUUCUGGUGCUAUGCGCGCAUGGAACUCUGCGGGGCGAUCAUCUCUAACGGAGCAGAGAGAACCGUGCUGCCCCUGGAAAAAUGGGUGCCGGCCGUGCCAGCCGCCACAGGGCCCAGGGAGCGAGAUAGGAUCAUUCGGGAUCUCUUUUGCGAGAAAGGCGUCGCCUCGCCGGAUAUGCAUGCGAACUGGAGUGUAUAUCUAUGCGCGAAGACCUUUGGGAUGAGUUGCAGUAUUGGCUUGAGAAGCGACCGCCGGCAAUGCUCCCAAUCAAGACCACCGGGCUCGGUGGGGGCCGACUUUUCCCAGAGAUCUUAUUUGCACACUGGGCGGCUAUAUCGGGGAACCAGUUAUACCAUGCAGCAUGCAUCAUGA